CAACAAAGCCUAAAAUCUCACUCAUUCGCCUCAAAGACUCGUUCAUUCCUUACAUCGUUGUUUUCGCUGCUUGACUGUCUUAGGCAAACAAAUGUAAUUCCUUCAAUUGUUGUUCUCUUCCAUUCUUUUGGUACUGCGAAGGAGGAGUUUCUUCUUCCGUACCUUGGUAUUUUUAUUAUUUUGUUUCUCCAUAAUUUUUACACCUUUGGAGAGAACCAUAGGCACCAUCUAUUCCUCCAAUUCGUCCAAAUUUAUUCCUUGCCUUUUGCAGUGACUUGUGGGAAGACUGUAGGGAAUAGGGUUAAUUUAUUGUUGUCAUGAUCCUUUUUGUAAAAAAAAAUUUAAGUUCAUGUAAAGCCAUUGAUUUUAGGGUUAACAGUAGGGUUGCCGUUUUCGAACCGGACCACGUUCGAGUCAUUUUUUCAGGCAUUAUUUUUAUCGGCCGGACCUGUCGAGUCUUUUUUGGGCUAAAAUUCGAGGCCCGGUUCGAUCUUUCGAACCGACCCGGGCCUGCAACCCUAGUUAACAGGUCAGGACGUUUUUCUUCCAAUUUAGGAUGUUGUGUUUCUUUUGGUUUUGUUGGGCAAUUUUCCAAUCCCCCCACAACAUUUCUCCUUAUAUGGUAAAGGUUCAACUCCUUUUGGGGAUGUUGUUAUUUUUCCUACACUAUUUUUACAUUCAAUUUCUAGCUAAUUUUUUUUGUAGAUAUUUGUCUACCUCUUCAUCCAAUUGUUCAAUGUAAAACUGAAAAAUCUGCUCGUUUUUCUUCUCUUCACGCUUUAUGUCAUGCUUUUGCUGUUAGCUACAAGAUGGAUAUACAAAUUGGACUUAUUAUGGAGAAAACAAGUAAUUUGUAAUCAAAAUGUAUUUUUGGAGUUUGAAGCUUUGGCAAGUCUCAAAAGUGAGGAAAAGUCGGAAAUAAAUUUUUUCGAAAUUGGAAGAAUUGACGGGGAUGAGGAGGUUUUUGAUUUUACCCGUUUACUUUUAUUUUCAAAUGUUAAAUUGGAAGAACAACAAAAACAACAAGCAAUUCAAUCGUUGUCUUCUCUUCAAAAUGAUUUUUUCGUUUUCAAUGAAAAUACAAAAUGUGCUUGGUCUAAAAUGUCUUCUGAAGAGAUUAAUGAUGAUAAAAUUGAAAACGAAAUUUUUGAUAUUGGCCGAGUCAUUUAA